UGCAAAUCUUCAACCAAAAAUCUGCCCGGCUGCUUCUACUAUUUCCGAGUCCUCUGAGUCUUCUAGUCGCUCCCAAGUAAGCCUCUUUCCUUCCCCCUUUUUGAGUCAUGUCUGACCGCGAGGAUGGCCAGAACCCUUCCACUCAUUCUUACGGUUCUGGUGACCGGUCUCAGACUUCCGGUUCCUCUUCAUCUUUUCCUUCUUCUUCGUCUGAGCGCCCGGCUACUUCCCCGCCGAAGAAGCCGAUUGAUGCUUCCACUUGUGCCCCUUCUUCUUCCAUGGCACAAACGGUCUCGGUUGCCCAGCCCGGGGAUGAGGGCUUCAUUCAGCUGGACGACAGGUUGCUCCAAGAGCAACCGUCGUACAUGCAGAAGCCCCAAGUUCACGAGCUGCGCAAUCUGAUGCCUGAUGGGUAUCAAUUGACGUACCGGGAAACGUGGAAGAACAUUAUUUCUCUCCACGUCCUCUUCCUUGAGACAUACGGGAUCAUGCCCGGGCAGUUGGCCCCAAAUGGUCACCGUAUGUUGAGUAGCUUCAUCAACGUUUGUCGUUUUCUUCGCAUCCCUCUGUCUCUUCGUCUCUUCAAUCACAUGUUUGAUGUCCGGCCCGGGUCCAAAGAAACCCUUGGAUUCGUGGUAGUGUCUUCUCAUCAAGGCCGGGCAUUCCUCUGUGGCCUUCCUCCUUUUAACAAGAAGUGGAAGGACAAAUACGUAUCCAUCAAAUUCCCCCCGACUGCUUUUCCUUUCGCCCAAAAUGUCUGGGGAAAGAGAAUGAAGCGCCGGGUCAAACCCUCGGAGGCCGACGACCUGGUCGCUUGGGAGGCCACUCUCCGGGUCGGGGACGCUUCCUGUCGCGGUCUUUACAACAUCGGGAAGUGGAGCGUCUAUCCUGGCUGGGAGACUGAUCCCGAGCCGGAGAUCAUUCUGACUGAAGCGAUCCCUGACGCCGUCGCCCUCCGCCGGGUUAGAGGGUACAAAGCCCCGGUUACUGCCGCUGCCGGUCCCUCGCGUCCGGGGAAGAAGAAGAAGGCGAAAGUGGUGAAGUUACAGUCCAAAUUCGCCACCCCAAAAAUCGUCGUUGAGGAGCCCUCCACCGCUCAGCUUCUCAGCCAACCUUCCGUCCAGCCAGUUUCUCUGGACGAGCAGCCAGCCCAGUCUCAACAGGGGACCAGCCAGCCCAUCCACUCCGGGGAACUCUACAUUAAUGUAGAUACCCUGGAGUUCGACCAGCUGAUGGAAGCUGGUCAUACAUCAGAGGCCGGUCAAGCAAACCAGCUGGCCGAGGGAGGCCACGACGAAGAGGAGGCUGCUGAAGAGUCUCUUAAAAGGAAGAGGCGGAAGACUGAGGUAGUCAACCAGCCGGCUCAUCAAGCGGCCCAGUCCCCCGAUGCUGGCAAAAGGAAAAGGCAGCCCCGGUCUAUGGCUCUAAUGUCCAGAUCGGACGAAGAGCUCCUCCAAGCCUUCCGCGCCGACCUGACUGAGCAAGUUGGUCGGAUUGGUGAGGAGUACUUCACCCGGCUGGUGAAGUCAAGGGAUGAGGAAAAGGCCCGGAUGGAGGCCAUGAUGGUCGAAUGCCGAAAGGAGGCUAAGGCCGCUUUUGAGAAGGCGGCGAAGGCGGAGGAGAAGCUGAUGGACCACUGUGCGGUCUACCGCCAGCUGUAUGCGAAGCAUGACGAUCUCCUCAAGGCCGCGAAAGAGGCCGAUGAGCAAGCUCAGGCCAAGAUCCAACAGCUUGAGGCCGAGAACGCCCGAUCGGCUGAGGAAAUUGCCCGGCUCGGAGAUGAACUGGAGAAAGAGCACUCGGAAAGGGCUCCUCUUGCUGCCGCCUGGGCUGUUCAAGCGCCUGAGGAGUUUGCUGCCCAAGCGCUUCCUGACCGGGAGACUGCCAUCCAUUUCUUCCAAGGUUUAUACAAGCACGAAGUCUCGGCCAGGAUCAUCGACGAGAUCGGAACCUUUGGUUUCGAAAGCGGUUAGUAUGAUGAACGGCGGGCUCUAUAUGGCAUCCUUGAGCAGCGGAUCCAAGGUUUUCAGCCCAAGGCUCUUUCUCUGCCCGAGCUGCAUGAUGAGGCGCCGAUCGCGCCCUUCCCGGGCAUCUGAUUUCCCAGCCUUCUUUUUUUUCUCUUUUUUUUACUUCCCGUGUGUAAUGAUCUCCCUCCGGGCACUUUUUGUAAGACGCUUAAAUAUUAAUGCAAGUGUUUUUCUUCUAUAUUCUCUUUAACUUGAGAUUUUUAACCGUUUAGAUUAGUAAAUAA